GAAACCAGUCUUUUUCAUUUCGUUCCGCGGUCAUGUUCCGCAGUCGCGUAUAAGUCGGUAAACUUUUAUUUUUCAAAUAUAAGCCAAAAUGUCAAGUAUCCUCAUAGUAACCUUUAUAAUAUUCGCAUCUUUGGAUUCGGUAGUUCCUACCGACCUUCAAAACCCUGUAAAAAUCCUCGAAAAUGACAUAAUGUACUACAAAAAGACCCUUUUGAAACAAUUGCCGGAAACCUUACAUAAACAAGGGGCGGAUGUGCUCGGAAAUAUCGCGGACGAUUGUAAAUUCGACCCAGACGAAAACCUGGACGUGCCGCAGAUAAUUCGACGUCACGGUUACCCUUCGGAGAGUCACGUGAUUGAAUCGCCGGACGGCUAUUUGUUGAGAGUCCAUCGAAUACCCGGAAAUAAGGAUGGACAGACUGGUGGACAACCGGUGUAUCUGCAGCAUGGAUUGAUGGGGAGUAGCGCUGAUUUUGUUUUGAAUGGAAACAAUACAUUGGCAUUUUAUUUAGCCGACAACGGAUAUGACGUAUGGCUGGGUAAUGCAAGAGGAAAUAUUUACUCUAGAGGCCACGUGUCCUUACCACUUAGCAGUCCAAAGUAUUGGAACUUCUCCUGGCAUGAAAUGGCCACAGUGGAUUUACCAGCAACCUUGUACCAUAUUAGCAAUAAUACUGGUAAACCAGGGGAAAUAAUCUACAUAGGCCACUCCAUGGGUACUACAAUGUCUUUCGUUUUGGCCUCGACUUUGCCUCAAGUAGCAAAGAACCUUAAACUGAUAGUCUCACUUGCUCCAACAGUUUUUAUGACACACCUUCGCAGCCCGAUAAGAUAUCUAACUCCAUUUGCCUACGAUAUUAAUUGGAUUGCCAAAUAUUUGGGAAUUAACGAAUUAGCUCCCACUAAUAAGGUCCUCAAAUUGCUUUCUUAUGAAUGCGUUCUGAAGUUCACCAAAGAAAUAUGCAGCAAUUUAUUGUUUGUUAUCGCCGGGUUCAAUAAAAAUGAGUUUGAUAUUCACACUUUGCCCAAAAUAGUUAGCCAUGACCCGGCAGGAGCAUCAACAAAAACCCUUAUUCACUACUCCCAAGAAAUACGAAGUGGAGGCAACUUCCAGCAAUUCGACUAUGGACCUAAAGGAAACAUGAUCAAAUAUGGAACCCUUACACCUCCUUUGUAUAAACUAGAGAACAUUAAAAGGCCCAUUUACUUAAUGUAUGCCCCAAAUGACAUUCUUACCAGUUAUAUUGACGUUGAAAGAUUAGCUAAGAACUUAACCACCGUUGCUGGAUUAUACAAGAUUCCAAGUGAUACGUUUGGACAUGUCGAUUUUAUUUUCGGAAAAAAUGCUUUUACAUAUGUAUAUGAACCUUUAGUUAAGUUCCUAAGUGGGUAUAAGGAAGAAGACAAUAGUAUUUAUAGGCCAAAAGUAUUUAUGACAUAGUCAGAUGGUAAAAGUCUUUGUUAUGAACCCAAUUGGAUAACUAAAAGUAUUAAAGAAAAUAUUUAUAAAAAAUA